UUUCUCCUCAUAUCCCCUCUCUCUCUCAAGUCUGAACUUUCUACAAACAUUUCCUCUCUCUCUCUCUCUCUCUCUCUCUCUCUCUCUCUCUUCCUUAAACCAUAUUUUUUCGGUCGAUUCUCAGAUCUAUAUCCUGAGAUUCACCAGCCCAUGGAUCUAGCCCCAGAAGAGCUCCAAUUCCUGAGGAUCCCAGACCUCCUGAGUGAGGCAAUCUCCAUCCCAAAACAGUCCCCGAGGACCUUCUACCUCAUCACCCUGACCCUCAUCUUCCCUCUCUCCUUCGCCAUCCUAGCCCACUCCCUCUUCACCCACCCUCUCUUGGCCCAGCUCCAGACCUACCCACAAGCUGACUCGACCCAGACCCGCCACGAAUGGACCCUCCUCCUCCUCUUCCAGUUCUUCUACCUCAUCUUCCUCUUCGCCUUCUCCCUUCUCUCCACCGCCGCCGCCGUCUUCACCGUUGCCUCCCUCUACACCUCCAAGCCCGUCUCCUACUCCUCCACCAUGUCCGCCAUUCCCAAGGUCUUCAAGCGCUUGUUCGUAACGUAUUUGUGGGUCUCUCUCUUGAUGAUGAUCUACAACUUCGUCUUCAUUGCUUUCUUGGUGUUAUUGAUCAUAGCCAUUGACACCCAGAACGCCUUUUUGCUGUUCGUGUCCGUGGUGGUCAUCUUCUUGCUCUUUCUUGUUGUUCAUGUCUAUAUAACCGCGAUGUGGCACUUGGCCAGCGUGGUGUCGGUGCUGGAACCGGUAUACGGUUUCGCCGCCAUGAAAAAGAGCUACGAGUUGCUCAAGGGAAAGAUCCGUUACGCGGGGGUGCUUGUUUUCAUAUAUUUGGCGAUUUGUGUGAUCAUUGGGGGCGUGUUUAGCUCGGUGGUGGUGCACGGAGGGGGCAAGUAUGGGGUUUUUGUGAGGAUUGUGGUGGGUGGGUUCUUGGUUGGGGUGUUGGUGAUCGUUAAUUUGGUGGGGUUGUUGGUGCAGAGCGUGUUUUACUAUGUUUGCAAGAGCUAUCAUCAUCAGGGGAUUGAUAAGACCGCGUUGCAUGAUCAUCUUGGCGGAUAUCUUGGGGAGUACGUGCCACUGAAGAGCAGCAUUCAGAUGGAGAAUUUGGAAAUCUGAGAUGGGAGAGCUAAGCUGACAUAGAUGAGAAUUUAUGUAUAAUACAUUGAUAGCUGGGAUCUUUCAAAUUCUGUUUAUCACAUUCCUCUUUGUCUACCAAGAAAAGGAGGGGGGGAGGGGGGUGGCUGUGGAUGUGUUCAGAUUCCCUGCUGAUUGUUGCAGGAAAUGCCCUUUUUUUAUGGUGAUAUGUUGACUUAGCUGAUUCUUACCUAGUUAUAUGCAGUCGGAUGCAUUUUCAGCCUCUGUGUUUACUUUUUUGUAGUUGGCAUCUCAUCAAAGGAUGAUCCUUGCGACUGUUUUUAAUUUUUUUUCUUCUUUUUUUUUUUUUUUUUUUUUUUUUUUUCUACUGUUUAGGUAUACCAAUGGAAGUAAACGAUCUGAUGAUUUUAUUGAUACAGUUAGCCGCAGGUGUAUAUUAUGUUAAUUUUGUGUUGUGCUUGUGGAAUA